AUGGUACAUUUAUGUUAUACUAGUCUACCAUUAUAUAAUUCUGUUAGGAUAGCUUGUGUUUCAUGUCCUUCCGCAUAUACUCAUAUAAAAGAAUUACAUCCAGACUCUGAUAGACAUUACUUAUUUGAAUAUGAUAAAAGAUUUCAGGAAAGGUUUCCUGAACAUUUUGUCUAUUAUGAUUACAGUUAUCCAUUGAACAUUGAUAAAAAGUUCAAAGCAUAUUUUGAUAUUGUUAUAGUUGAUCCACCUUAUUUAUCUGAAGAAUGUUUAGAAAAAACUUCUGAAACUGUUCAGUUUCUGACUAAAGACAAAAUUGUGUUAUGUACAGGGGCAGUCAUGGAGGACUGUGCCAAAAAAUUACUUGGAGUCAUAGCUACGAAUUUCACACCACAACACAAAAGGAAACUAGGCAAUGAGUUCAAGUGUUAUACUAAUUGGAAUUUUGAUGAAUUUUUAAAAGACAUUUCAAGAGAAUCUUUAUCAUCUAGCUAAUAAAAGUUUUAUAUUUUAUGCAAUUAUUUUUAUUCUGAAUAAAGUUGUAUAAAUUUUUAGUAUUAAAAAAUUUGCUUUAUAAUCCUA